AUGAGCUCCAUAGCAGCCCGUCGACCCGUGCGAGUAAUCUCCGUUUCCGGGGCAGUCACUGAUCUACCGGAAAACCUGGCAGAGGCAGCGAGUCAUGCAAAUGUCGACUUCAUUGUCGGGGAUUGGAUGUCCGAGUAUAAUAUGACCAUACGAGGUAGCAGCAAGAUUGCAAACAUGGAUAACGUGCAAGCAGAAGCUGCAUUUGAACAUACAUUUCUGGAAGCACUUGAGCCGGCUCUCGCAUCACUCGCAACGCGCGACAUAAAACUUGCAGUGAACGCGGGGUCUUCAGAUACAUUCAGGCUGUGUCAAUCCGUGGAGAAUCUCGUUAAAGAGAAAGAUCUGAGCCUGACUGUAGCCUGGGUGGAAGGGGACGAAGUCUUUGAGAUAAUUCAGCGGCACCGACAGCAGGGAAAGAAAUUUCGCAAUAUUACCACCGGGCAGUAUCUCGACGACUGGAAAUACGAGCCAAUCUAUGCACAGUGCUAUCUUGGAUCAUGGGGCAUUACCGAGUCAUUCAGAAAUGGCGCCGAUAUUGUUAUUUGUGGUCGUGUGGCAGAUGCUGCACCCACAAUGGCAGCGGCGGCAUUUUGGCAUGGCUGGACAAACUCCUCUUACGAGGAACUAGCCCAUUCUCUCAUCGCUGGGCAUUUGAUUGAGUGUUCUACCUACGUGACUGGUGGUAAUUUCACGGGCUUUAAAUCCCUUCCACAAGGUAGCAACCCGCUUCUCAACUUGCCUAUUGCAACUAUACGGACGGAUGGUACCUUUUCGAUCGGUAUGCACGAGAGCUUGGCGCGCGGUGGCCAAGUUUCCUUUGAUACCUGUCGUUCACAACUUCUUUACGAGCUCCAGGGGAAGCGCUACUACAACUCUGAUGUUGUCGCAAUCGUCGAUCAGAUCAAGAUGGAACCUGAUGGUCCAAACUCCGUCUUUGUGAACAACAUCAAAUGGGAAAAGCCGCCCCCCACAAGCAAGGUUGGCCUUACAGCAAAAGGAGGCUUCCAAGCGGAGGUUCAUUACUUUGCUGUUGGCCUUGAUAUCCUCGAAAAAUCAUCCCUUUUGGAGAAGCAGCUUCGGUCGUACCUAGAUUGUGGCCAAUUUUCACUUCUCAAAAUCACGACUUCGGGUUGUGCUCAGCCCAAUCCAGCCUCCCAAGAUGAAGCCACUGUUGAUAUCCGCAUAUUUGCCCAAGCUGAUGCAGAAGAUACAUUCACACCCAAGAAUUUCCUUCGACCCUGCUGGAAUAUCAUUAUGUCGACUUACCCUGGAGCAACCUUUGCCAUCGACAAUCGACAAGGAUUGCCAAAGCCCUAUUUUGAAUAUUUUGUCACGAUCUUUCCACAGUCCGAGAUCAAUCAUGUUGCUCACAUACCUUCGCGCAACUGGUCAAAGCCUAUAGCUGCCCCCGAAGAUACGGUUCCCUAUCAGUUCGAGCAAGAUGUUCAGGAUGGUCCCACAGAGGUGGAUGUGUUGCGCGAUUUCGGACCAACCACUACAACUCCACUUGGUUAUGUCGUACAUGCUCGUUCUGGAGAUAAGGGAUCCGACUGUAAUGUUGGGUUCUAUGCUCGGAACAGGGAUGAGUGGUUAUGGCUGCGGUCCUUGCUGACUGUUCAGCGAGUCAAGGACCUGCUACAAAAUGACUAUAAUGGGAAGCGAAUUGAGAGAUUCGAGCUCCCCAACAUUCAAGCGGUGCAUUUUCUAUUGAAAGACCACCUUGAUCGGGGCGUUUCCUCAACUUCAACAUAUGAUGCAUUGGGCAAAAAUGUUGCAGAAUAUCUUCGUGCAAAACAUGUUCCAAUUCCUAACCAAUUCUUGGCUCGUGGGAAAAUCUAA